ACCGAGAACAAUUCGAUUAUGCUUUAAACUUAAUUAAUUAAUUAACUUUAACUGAAAGGGUUUUAAAGAAAGCGGCUGCUCAAGCCCAAUGAAGAAGUGGGCCUGGGCCGUAGUAGUAAAGAACCGAGAGGGCCCAUAGUUAAUUCACACUAACGUGACCAACGAAAUCGUGAAUAUUUGCAAUCGCGCACGCGCACGCGCAGCACAGAAAGAGGGAAAAGAAGAAGUAAGGAAGGAAAACAAGAGUUGGGUGUGGUAAUUGGUUGAGCGAAGAAGAGAAAUGGACGACUACACGAGGGAAAUGAUGGACCUGAAGACACUGGUCACUCGCACUCUCGAGAAGAAAGGCGUUCUCGCCAGGAUCCGUGCCGAACUCAGAGCGAGUGUGUUCGAGGCCAUCGAAGAGGAAGAUCGUGUGAUUGAGAAGGACCAAGGUCUACCUCCUGCAUUGCUUGGUAGCUGCAACGAUCGAGCUAAACAGCUUCACGCUUCUCCUCCAGGUAGGCUCCUUACGGCCAUGAUAUGUGAGUACCUUUACUGGGCGCAGCUCAAUCACACACUAAAAGUAUACCUUCCGGAAUGUAAUUUGGAAAAAGACUUUUGGAAGACGGAGCUUAAGGAGUUUAGUACCAAAAAUGGUUUUGAUCUCAACAGAAACAGAGAUAGUCCUCUACUCUUGGAUGUGCUUGAAGGAUUUUUGAAGCUUGAGCAAUGAUAACAUCUUCCCUGGAUCUCCAGUCAUUGGGGUCAUUGACGGGAAAUUUGAAAGUAGCUAUCUAGUUACUGUCACGAUUGGUUCAGAGAAACUCAAAGGAGUACUUUAUCAAGCUCCACAGAAUCCUAUAUUGCACGCAUCCCAUCAUAGUGCCCCAGCUAAUAAUACCAACGCUUCUUCUUCAGUAGGUGUUCAUUGUCGGAGACGCAGGAAGAAAUCAGAAAUAAAAAGAAGAGAUCCUGCUCAUCCAAAAUCUAACAGAAGUGGGUACAAUUUCUUCUUUGCUGAACAGCAUGCAAGACUAAAUGCACUUCACCAUGGAAAAGACAGAGAGAUUAGUAGGAUGAUUGGUGAACUUUGGAACAAGUUAAAAGAAUCAGAAAAGACGGUUUAUCAAGAGAAGGCCAUGAAAGAUAAAAGAGAGGUACAGAGCAGAAAUGGAGAAUUAUAGAGAGAAACUGAAGAUGGGUCAAGUUAUCAGUGACGCUGUGCCCCUUCAGCAACGACUUCCUGAAGCAGAUGCAGACAUGUUGGAUGGUGGCUUAAAAACGGAUUAAGCUGAGGCAGAUUCGCUUCAAACUCCAGAGGAGAGUAGUUCCGGUGGAAGUGAUUAUGAAGAUUAUAAUAAAUCUGCAGAAAGAGGUUUUGAUAUAGAUUCAUUACCUGUAAUAGGAAUGGGUGCAGAAACAAGCUAUUUGGGUUCGGAAGAUAAGUCAUCCAAAGGGGGUUUGUGAGCUUCUUUAUGGUUGAGAGGGAUUAGGAGGCCCUGUCUUUUAGCAGAGACUUUCUUACAUUAUAAAGUAGAAGGCUGAGAUAUGAGAUGCAGUGGAGGUUUGAGUUAGGAUUAAGUAGAGGUGUCAAUUUGAUCCAUGACCCCGGGGCUAGCCCUAACCCACUAUUGAAAAAGCCCCCUCUUAAGAAGCCCCUCAAAUGGGGGCCAAAAAAAGCCCCAACCCCCAAAGCCCCCUCUCAAAGGGGUUAGGGUGAGGGUUAAGGUGUGAGUUUAGCCUACUAAAUUUUUUUUGAAAACUAAACUUCAACAUUCUUAAUAGUAACUAUUAAAAGUACUAAAUUUUAUAUUCA